AUGUACACAAAAUCUAAAUUUGAUGAUGAAGAUGAUCAAGGUGGUGGAAACAAAGAAAACACAUUACAUGAUACGAAUAAUAAUAAAUUUAAGAAUAGCAUAAGUAUUAGAUCAAUAUAUCAUAUUUCAAAUAUCCCCACAGUUUCAACAAAGGGAAAAGUUUGGCCCUUAUCAAAAUUUGAAAAAAUUGAUGUAUUAAAAUGUGCAAUAAAUGGAAAGAAUAUAGAAUAUUUACAAAAUAUUGAAAAGGAAAUCAAACAAUCAAUGAUGAUUUUCCCAGCUGAGAUAUUUGCUAAGAUAUUUGAUUUAUUAGAUUCUUGGGGACAAUUAAAACCAAAAUUUAUGAGAGUUUGUAAAUUAUUUUAUGUGAUGAUAUUACCAUUGAUUUAUAAAAAUCCAUAUUUAAGAGGAACCAAUUUUUUAAAUUUUGUUGAAACUUUAUCCAAUAAUAAGAAACUUGGAAAUUUUAUUCAUGCAUUAGAUUUAGCUUAUGUCAUUCAAUCUGGAAAAAAUGCAUUUGUUGCAAGAUUAUUAAAACAAUCAAGAAAAAAUCUUGAAGUAUUUGUAGCUCCUCAAACAAGUUUUGGAUUUGGUCCUUUAGUUGCAUUAAAAAAUUGCUCAAAUUUAAAGAUUUUGGAUUUAAGAUUAGUUUCUGAAACUUUGAACUUAACUCAACUUUUUCAUUCCAUUGAAAAUUUAAAACACUUGACUCAUUUAUCAUUUCCAAGAUCACUGAUAGAUAUUGAAGACCAUGAGAAAAUAUCAUGGCCACCAAAAUUAAGUUUUUUGAGAUUAUCAGGCGGUAUAAAUGAUGAUUUUUUGUAUCAUUCAAAUUUUCCAAAUCUGAUUACAAAUAUGGAAUUUGCUCAUUGUCCUGCAAUAACGGAUUUAGGGUUAAAACAAGUAUUAUAUAGAAUUGGUAAUCAAUUAACAACUUUAAAAAUUCAAUAUCCAAUGCCAGCUUUAAAAAAUAAUUCAUUAGAUGAGGUAUUCAUAUUUUGCCCAAACUUGAGAGUUCUAGAAGUCAGUGUUGAUUAUCUUUCAUCAAUGUUUUUUGAUGACCAAUAUUUGGGAUAUGCUAACGAAAGACCAUUAAGAACUAUGUAUAUCAAUAGUAGUGGUAUGCUUGGAACAACUACAAAAUUAGAUCCAAUGGAUUUGGCUGUUGCAAUAGAAGAUGGUAGACUACCUUUGUUGAAAAAUAUUCAGUGUACCGCAAAGUUAGGUUGGGAUCCAAAAUCAGAAGCUGUAACUUUCAUUGCUGAUGAAUUAGAUGAAAGAGGAGGGGGAUUGUAUAUAGGAUACUAG